AUGGUAAAUGGGGUUGCAACCUACUUUCCCUCUCGCGUCUCACAAAUCAGCGGUGCGUCUCGCCCAGGCUACGUCAAAGGCUAUGACAACGACACCAAAAUCAGAUACGAGACCGAUGGCCAGUCAUUCUACGCGCACCGCAGUGCUGAACAAUUAUUUUCACCCAUAUCCGACCACUUUGACGUUGAUGAGUAUGAGUAUAGCCAAGAAGGCGAGCCGCACGUUGAAGAUCAAGGGAUCACUGCUCUACCGGCUAAACAAGUAAAGAGGAGGAGUAGUGUUACUAAGCUGGUGGAAAAGGUACUCUCCAAACUUGACGGGCUGGGGCUGACGAAGAAGCUCAAGGAGGAACGGAGGAGUAACAAGAAGAAGCAAACUUUAUCCGAGCAAGACUUUGGAAUGCUAGAAGGCAAGAGCGAGGAGGUCACGCCCCGACAGAGAAAGAACGACGAUGCUCUCAUACGGAAACCUCAGACAGCUGUUGCGCGCAACAUUAGCGGACGCACUACCAAUUCCAACCCACGGACAGAAGAUAUACAAGACGACCAUCCCAAGACUCUGUCAUCAACAAGAUGUCUCUUCUGCCCCUCUUCCUCUCCCACUCCGACCACAAAUCUAGACCACAUGUCGACACAGCACAGCCUCUUCGUACCCACGCCUUCGCAACUCUACUCGCUAGAGUCUUUUCUCUCGUAUUUGGCCGUUCUGGUUUACAAAUACCACGAGUGCCUCUACUGUGGACAAGAAAAGGGAAGUGUGGAUGCUGUGCAGACGCAUAUGCGAGACAAAGGGCACUGUAUGAUUGAGAUGGCUGAGUUGAUGGAUUUCUGGGAUGAGGAGGUGAAGGAGGAAGGUAGCGAGGAUUGGAAUUACAAGAUGCAGGCCGAGACGCAUCUACCAUCUGGAUUGGCCAUUAAUCCCCGGUGUAGCAAUAGCGCAGAUGAGACGUCAUCAAGAGCUGCCAACCCAACUCUCACACCUUCGCAGCGCCACGGUCUAAGACACCGAAAUACGAAACCCGCCAUUACUGCCGCCGAAUCCUCAUCCUCCCAACAACCUCCUGCCACGCAUUCACAGCCCGGUCAUCUAUCCUCAUAUCACAACAGCAACGAUCCCCACCGCAACCUCACUACCACCCCGCGUACAGCAAAAGGUCUGACCGGCCUGUCCAACCAACAACUCCGCACUCUUCAGAUGGUGGAUAGGAGAAUGAAGAGCAGAGAGGAGAGCGCAAAGGCCAAAGGAAGGUAUGCAUCUCAACAGCAGCCGGUCAAGACUGUGUAUUAUAAGACCGAGAAUCCUGUGUAUCAGGCUGGGUGGUCGGAUGGGGGGUGGAUAUGUGGAAUAUGA